AUGCUUUCCAUCCUCCAAGUCACAGCCAUCAUCUUGCUGGUCCAGAAUGUGGCGGUCGACAUUCUCGGUACCGCCGCGUAUCGAGCACCGCAGACGCAGAUCGUGUCAUGGCAGACGCCUCUCAACCUCUUUGUCUGCUACCGCCAGAUACAGACCUCGCUUGCCAUCAUGGUGCUGUUAGCCACCUUCGUCUCAGGCUAUGCAGAUUACGUGAGUGUCUUGAUGCUGAUGGGGGCGAUGCUCUUGUGUGAAGCAUCCGCCGAGCUCAUUUACCUAUACUCCUUGCUUCGACACCACUUCUUCCAUCGGGAGACGGCGAUUUGUUGGUUCUUCACUUUGGUGUGGGCUCUUCCCUUUGGCAUAGCUGCGCCCUUGUCCCAGAGAUUUCAGUUGACGCCCUUUUGCCUCUGCUCCGUCGUGUCCCAGAUUCUACAGGUUAUCAUCUGGAGAUACCUCCACAAGCACGUCUUCAAUGCCAGAUACCCUCUCCUCAAGAGCACCGAGCUCGGUCGGUACCACUGCCUGUGGGGACAGGGGAGGGCUUUCUUUUUCCUCGCCCUGUCCAUCGCAUUGGCGGUGCUGUCGGCCUUGUCAUCGCACCAUCAGCCGCUAUAUGCCAUUGUCUGCGGGAACCUCAUCAUCCUCGCCCCGACCCCUAAAACAUUUGUGAGAUACAAUCGCUCCAGGCGGCAGACCAAGUUCAACGUGGAACAACAACUUGAGGACGGCACAAAUCCAAAAAAGGUCGCCGUGGGCGGCUCCUCGAUUGAGGAAGUCGUUGCGCACUCAAAGCGGCAGGCACAGAGGUUGUCCACAUGCACCGUCUUGACAACGAUGGUACAAAAGGACGGGCACAUGUUCCACUACAGCCAUGAGGAGCAGCGCUACCUCUAUCUCUUGCAAGACCCCGGAGAAUUACGCAAACUUCAAGACCUCCGCCACCGCACGCCAUGGCCUGUCACCUGUCCAUCGGAGCAGUGCACUGCCGACGAGUUCAUGCAACUUGCCCAAAGCUGGCCUCUGGAGCAUCCCUAUAUGCGCGGCACACCGUCUCUCUACGACAUCUUCCGCGACAUCUUCAACGCCGAAUUGCGCGGGAACAUCACCGACUUCCAACACAAGGUUGCGUGUGACAAAUGCCUGGACCGCAAGUGCUUUGCACAGUAUCGUCUCAUGUUCCUGCUGUUGCUCAACGAGGUCGGAUCAAAGAUGCGCGUUCGCCUCGAUGAGCGCGGCGACAUCUCGACGCACGGGACAACCAUCAGCGACCUUUGGCUCACCGGUGUUCGACUCGAGUCGUCGUCAACGGUUCGUGUUGCGUUCAACACCGACGUCAAUCAAAAAACGGUCGACGUUGGAUUGCAUGACCUUUGGAAGUUGAAUUCAUUCGGCAUAUACCUGACCGUGCCCCCCAUUGUUGCCGACAUUCUCCCCUUAUGGGACGAAUACCCUGCUGGCGUCAACAGGAGCGGGACGUGGAUUUAG